AUGCCUCACCCCACGACGAUGCCGAUGGAUUCCUCGGGCGCCCAGCAGCAGCCAACGGACGAAGCAUCCGAUCUAUAUUACAUCGACACCAAAGGCGAUCGGUUCAAUCGCAUAUAUGGAACCCUCCAUCGAUACAGCAUCCCCAAUUACCAUCGCAUCGGCCGAGGGAGCGUUUUGGGGUUACCCCCAAGGUACAAAAUCGACCGGGAGAGCGCUCUAGAAAAUGCGCUGGUGAUUCGGGAUGAAUCUGGCAGGUCAGACAAGUCUCGGAAAAGGGCGAAGAACAUUCUCUCGGGUCUCUCCAAGCAGAAAGUCCGGCUACAUCGCAUACGGCCAGAGUCAUCGCUCAACACAACCGUGGACUUCUCUACUGAUUACUUUCCAUUGAGCGUCUCCGGCAAAGAAAAGCGUCUAGAUCUUUUAGGUCUCAACUCCGAUGACGAGAAGCAUGCGUAUCGCUCGAUUCAUGGCAAGGCAAAACCAGAUGAAGAUCUACCCAGCGAUGUGGAAGCCGUCUCCGACACGGAUUCGGAGGAGGGAAUCCGAGGCGACCCGGACGAAGAGAUCAAACAACGCAAUGCGGAGCUGUUGAGGCUCGUCAAUCAGCGCCCUGGUGACGUCGGGGCGUGGCUUACGAUGAUCGACCACCAGGAAUCCCUUCUCCUAGGGUCCGAGAGGGAAUCCAGCUCUUUGACGUACGCGGAAAAGAAAAGCUUGGCAGACAUCAAGGUGUCUCUGUACGAAAAAGCCCUCAAAAAAGUUGGCCAGAGCUCUGAUCGGGAUCGCCUUCUACUUGGCCUUCUGGAAGAAGGGGCGAAGCUGUGGGAUACCAAGAAGCUAUCCGCCCGGUGGCAGGCAAUAUUGAAGUCGGACUCCCAAUUCAUCAGCCUCUGGGUCAGAUACCUCGACUUCCGGCAGACACAGUUCCUGGAUUUCACCUACGAACGGUGCCUUGCGACCUUCCUCGAGUGCUUGAAACUCAAUAAGUCGGCGUCAGACACGCCCGAGAUGGUACAAAUCCACAUGUAUCUGUUUCUGCGGCUGACACUGUUCAUCCGUGAGGCUGGGUUCACCGAACAUGCAGCAGCACUCUGGCAGGGCAUUCUCGAAUUAACCUUCUUCCGACCCGACUCGCCUGAAGCCAGUGGCAGCCCACCAGAAAUAAUAUCGGCUUUUCUGGAUUUUUGGGAGUCGGAAGUCGCGCGUAUUGGAGAAGUAGGCGCCAAGGGCUGGAAGAAUGGGGGGAAUGUGCUGCCAAGUCCAAGCAGUACUGAAAAGCCCUCUUUCCAGCUCGAUCCACGGUCUUUGUUCGCAUCUUGGACGCCUCAUGAAAGCGAACGAAUCACCAACGCUCGGUUGCCUGCCCGCAGUACCGAUGACUCGGAGGAAGACGACCCUUACCGUGUUAUUAUCGCGUCUGAUCUGGAUGAGAUCCUAUCCCUAGCAUUUCUCGGGAACUCAGCGCAGGUGUUGAUUGACAGCUUUCUCUAUUUCUGUCAGCUGCCGUCAAUCGCAUCUUUUGAAAGUUUGGGUACGACAAGGCGUUGGAAUGGCGACAGCUUCAUACGAAACGAGCUUGCGAGCAGCUUCUAUUCAACGCUUGAGGACUGGCUUCCCAACGUAGCUGCUGACACUGAGCCCACAUCAACGCCCCCCGCCCUUUUCCCCCAUCAGAACUUCCUCACUACACUGGACACCCUCUUUGCUGAUUCAGGAACGUGGUUCUCGACCUUUAAAACUUGGACAUCCGCCACUUCGGACUCGAGAUCUGCCAUUGACCCUGGAUGGGUACGCAAGAGUCUCCGGUUGCUGGUUGAAGCGACUCCCGGGAACGACAAUUUGGCCGAAUACGUACUUGCUGUGGAGUUUGCAUGCAACCCCAAGGAUGCUAAGAAGUACGCGAAAUCUUUGCUGAAAAAGCGAUCAUCCAGCCUGCGACUCUACAAUGCAUACGCCCUUAUGGAACGUCGAUCCGGCAACCAUGCCGCUGCGGACCAUGUCUGGGUAACCUCUCUCUCCAUGAGCAAGACAUUCUCCGCCCGCGCCAGAGUGGACAGCGUCAUAGUAUGGCAGACCUGGGUCUGGGAGCUUCUCGAGGCCCGCAAUAUAGCACACGCGUCGCACCUCCUUACCUCCAUCCCCCAGAGCAGCGUUGACCUGCAGGCUUUCCCCGAUGCUCCAUCCUUCAGCCCGAGCAGCCUGCUGAAAGUCCAGAAUCAUCUAUCUGACUCCCAAGAGUCCGCCAUCGCGAGCAAAAACGCCAACGCCUUCGUCGCCAGCACCGACUGCCUCGCCAUCCUAGCCUACCUCACCAACUCCCAAGACCUCACCAAAGCCCUCGAGGCCUACAUCACCGCAACCACCAGACUAUCAUAUAUACCCGACCAAUCCAACCCCUUCAUCCCCUUCGCAACCGAGCUCCUCCACCAAUCCCGCGCCCGGCUCCUCUACCACCACAUCCGCACCAGCACGACCUACAAACCCACACAAAUCCGCACCCUCCUAUCCGAGAGCAUCUCCCUUUUCCGCCACAACACGAUCUUUCUCUCCCUCUUCGCCUGGACCGAAUCCCGCUUCCGCAUCGACGAACGCGUCCGCGACACCAUCAGAGACAUCACCUCCAUGUCCUCCUCCACCCCCAACAACAACACCACCCUCUACCCCACCACCCAAAUCUCAAUCCCAAUAACCACGCACCUCUUCUCAAUCUACACCGAACUCCUCCGCCCCGUCUACGCCGGCUCAACCCUACACUCCGUCCGCGCUGCCUUCGAACGCGCCAUCGGCAGCCACCACCACCCCUCCUCAGUCUCAUCCUCAUCCUCUUCUACAGCCCCCUCCAGCAUCACCCUCUGGAAACUCUACAUCCUCUUCGAGCUCUCCCGGCGCCAGAUUCAGCGCGCAAAGGACGUCUUCUACCGCGGCAUGCGCGCCUGCCCGUGGUCCAAGGACCUCCUCAUGCUGGCGUUCACCCAUCUGCGCGCGGAUGUUGUCGAGGAGCGGUAUUCCCGCGACCGUGACGGGAGGAAGGGGGAGGGUAUGGCGUUUGGGGAGCUGAGACAUGUGUAUAAUGUGCUCGUGGAGAAGGAGUUGAGGGUUCUUGUUGAUGUGGAGGGGUUGUUGGAUGAGGUUGCGGUGGGGGUGGAGGUGGAGAGGAGGGGUGUUGGGGGGUUGCCGAUUAAUAUGCCGGAGGAUGGGGAUAGUGAUGGUGAUGUACUUAGGUAUAUCGGAUCGGCUAGUAUUACUGUACAUAUACGGAUGAUCGGAGUAGAAUGUCCCGAUAACUUAACGAUUUAA